AUGACUGACAUCUUGAAACGGGCUGGUAUGACAGACUGCAAGCCGCUUGCUACUCCCAUUGCUUCUUCAUGGCCUCUGUUUCACAUGCAUGCUCCCACUACUGCGCACUGGGAACAACUGAAACGUGUUCUGAGGUAUGUCAAGGGCACUCUCUCUUUGGGUCUGCGUCUGGGGAAGUCAGAUUCGGGUGACCUACAUGCAUUCUCGGAUUCUUAUUGGGCCUGUUGCCCGGCAGAUAGGAAGUCCACCAGUGGGUUUGCUGUUUUUCUUGGGACUAAUCUGGUGUCCUGGGUGUGCAAGAAGUAG